AUGCAAUACCUCUUAGGAAUUGUUGUCACUCUACUCUGCCUGAUCCUCAAUCUGGUAGUCACUUCGUGUUAUCCCACUUGUCGUAGCGAUGAACGUUCUGCCUUGCUUGGCUUCUCAAAUUCUAUGUCAAUUGACCCUACUGCCUCUUUUAGGUGCACUAUCAGUAGAGCGAAAACAAUGUCAUGGAAUAAUAGCAUCGACUGUUGUCAAUGGGAUGGGAUCACUUGUGAUUCAUUAACCAGUCAUGUUAUUGGCCUUGACCUUGGCUGCUCCCAACUUAGUGGAAGGUGCCUCACCAGAUAUCCAAACUACGAAAACUUGAAUCACUUGACUUUUUUUGGAAAUUUGGAGACUGAUGAUGAUUAUUGGCUUGAAAUGCCUGAUGCCAAUAGUAUCAUUGAAAACUUAACAUCCUUGUCAUAUCUUGAUCUUGGUUCCGUCUUCAUCAAUUCAAAUUUCCCCGCAUCUUUGGUAAACUUGUCUUCCUUAAUGUAUUUAGACCUAUCUAGAUGUGGUUUACAGGGGAAAUUUUCUUCUGACAUUCUUGAUUUUCCAUACUUGCAAACACUUCAUUUAGAGGGAAAUAGCGACCUCGUCACAAAGUUAGGUAGUUGGAGCAGCCCUUUGAUAUACCUAGGACUUGAUUAUACAAAAUUCUCCGGGCAAUUGCCAUACUCCAUAAACCAAACUAGCCCAAGCUACUUGAAUCUAAGGGGUUGUGGUGUUCAUGGUCCUAUACCACCAUGGGUUUGGAAUGUCACUAACCAAAUCUCACUCUCAAAUAAUUUUCUCACUGGUGGUCUGCCUUCAUCGCUAAACAUUCAUACGCUCUCUAAUCUUUCCAGCCUCUACCUUAAACACAACAUGCUUACCGGAACCAUACCAUCUUGGCCUUUCCAGCUUCCUUCAUUAAUAAACUUAUGUCUCCAAAUCAACCAAUUUAGUGGUUCAUUGAGUGAUGUUUCUGGUAAUGGUAGCAAUUCCUUGCAACUACUUUCUUUAAGAAACAACAAGAUUACUGGACAAAUUCCCAAAUCGUUUUUUAAUCUCUCUACUCUCGCAAACCUUGACUUGUCGAGCAAUAACUUUAUUGGUAAUGUCCAUCUCAAUAUGUUUUCUGUGUUUGAAAAUCUAGAUACUCUUAGUUUAUCUUUAAAUAGUUUAUCAGUGUCUACUAAGCUCAACUCCUCCACAAUGUUGUCCAAAUUAUCAUAUUUGGGACUCUCUUCUUGCAAUAUUAGUGAAUUUCCUUACUUGGGAAACCAAGAAAGACUCGAGAUGUUAUAUCUUGACAAUAACAAAUCCGAGGUGAGCUUCCUAGAUGGAUAG